CUCCCGGUUCACGGACCCGCUACAGCUGCCUGAGACUACCGGGAAGAUCGCACCGACAGGCGGGUCACAGGAGCCGUCCAUUUUUCUUUUAACGGACGGUUUCGUGUCCCGGCGAGCCUCCAAUGGAAACACCGGGCGUAGACAGCCGGGUUACAGGCGCCGCUGCCGGGGCAGAGCUUCGGUGGAUGGGCGGCCGGCUCCUGGACGCCACGGGGGGGUUCUACGGGUCUCUCGCGCCGAGAAUGCCCGGGGAGCAGGAUUUUUCCCCGGCGUUGCAUCGACUGACUCCCCCGGAGCCCUCGACCUCUGCGGAGCCCGAAGCGGACUACGAAGGACUACCUCAAGGAGCCGCCACCGGCACUCACAUGCUGGCGGGGUCCGUGGCCGGAAUCAUGGAGCACUGCGUCAUGUACCCCAUCGACUGCGUCAAGACGCGCAUGCAGAGCCUUCACCCCGAGCCGGGGGCGCGCUACAGGAACGUGAUGGACGCCCUGCGGCAGAUCGUGCGGACGGAGGGCGUGUGGCGCCCCAUCAGGGGCGUGAACGUGCUGGCGGUGGGGGCGGGGCCUGCCCACGCGCUCUACUUCGCCUGCUACGAGAAGAUCAAGUUCUCGCUCGGCGACGCCAUCCACCCCGGCGCCAACAGCCACUUCUCAAACGGAGUGGCGGGCUGCAUGGCCACGGUGCUGCACGACGCCAUCAUGAACCCAGCCGAAGUGGUGAAGCAGCGGAUGCAGAUGUUCAACUCUCCGUACCGCGGCGUCCUGCACUGCGCGGCCUCCCUGCUGCGGCGCGACGGCCCGGCCGCGUUCUACCGCAGCUACGGAACCCAGCUGACCCUGAACGUGCCGUUCCAGGCGCUGCACUUCAUGACCUACGAGUACCUGCAGGAGCUCCUGAACCCCCACCGGCAGUACGACCCGUCCUCCCACGUGGUGUCCGGCGCGCUGGCCGGAGCGCUCGCCGCCGCCGCCACCACCCCGCUGGACGUCUGCAAGACCCUCCUCAACACGCAGGAGGCCCGGGCCGUGCACGUGGCGGCGGCGGCCGCGGGGGGGGCCGCCUCUGCUGCCGGCGGCGGCGGCCACAUCUCCGGUCUGGCCGAGGCCUUUCGGACGGUGUACAGGACGGGGGGCGCGCCGGCCUUCUUCAAAGGCUUCCAGGCCCGCAUCAUCUACCAGAUGCCCUCCACGGCCAUCAGCUGGUCCGUCUACGAGCUCUUCAAGAACCUCCUCACCAAGCGGCAGCACGACAGGCGGCUGCGCGGGGAUCGGGACGCCGACAAGUAGGAACCCCCCCGAACACCGACGUCAGGGGACGAGUCGUCUUUGUUAAAUAUACUUUCAUGAAAUAUAACCACUCAUCUCCGUCGCUUAGAAGGAACAGGAAGUCCUAUUUAACUGUUUCUCACGUCGGCGUUCGACAAACAAACAAAAAGCUUAUGAUUCGACAUAAUUCAACGUUGAAAUUCAAAGAGCCGCAUCGUGAACCGGUGCAGGUGUUGUGCCCCCCCCCCCCCCCCCCCCUCCUCCUGGACGGGACCACCUCCACCUCCCCACCUGGCCACAGGGGGGCGCUGCGACCCAACAUUCAACUCAAAUUCAUUGCGCUUUAUUAUUGUUCUAGAGGUCCUAACACACUUCCUGGUUAGUUACUGGGCCAGGCAAUAUACUGAUUGAUUGAUUGAUUGAUCGUAUCAAUAUAUUGAUUUAGAUAUUCAUGCCACGGGACCUUUGUCAUGAAUAUGGUCAAUACAGUAAAAUUAGGUUGUUUUUUUCUGAACCUUCUUUAACGCAUUUUGCCUUCAACCGCUCGGUCAUUCAAUCCAGAAUUACUGAAGAUUAUUUAUCACAAGUGUGUGUGUGUGUGUGUGUGUGUGUGUGUGUGUGUGUGUUACAGUGACUGAGUGGAUGUGGACACGCCCCCCCCCACCCCCCCCACCCCCUCCAAAUUGUUGGGUGGGUCAAAAUAUGAUUUGGCUCUUUCAUUUUCUGCCUUUCAUCAAAAAACUCUGUAACAUUUCUCCGAGGAGACGAAGUGGACCCGGUUCCCCCGUCGGUUCCCCCGUCGGUUCACACUUUGUGCUUUUCAAAUGCGCUCACAUCUCAGACGUUAGUUCUGAAGUGUGAGAAGAUGAUGUUACAUCAAAGUUUAUGAAAGAAUCACAGACGGAAACAAAAGAGUUUUGGGACAUUUUAAUGUUUUUAUUUUUCAAAACACUUCCUGUUGUUCCUGAACAGCGACUUCCUUUUCAAAGACCACGAAACUCCUCCCACAGAGGGGAAUAUUGUGUUUUUGAAGCCAUGAAAGAGGAGGAGAUUGUAUAUAAUAUAUAAAGUAUAUAUAUAAAUAUAGAUGAACGGAACGUUUUCAAGCUGAUGUGUUGUUAAAAUACAAAACUGGAAUGUUUCUAUCGAGAAAAUAAAACAGAAGGAAUAUAAACUCUGGAUUAUUAGACGUUUUGAAAAAGUUUCAAAGUCUGAAACGGGAACUCGUCAAUGUGAAAAAAGACUCCUGUGUUUUGUGAAUUGUAAAUAAAGUCGCUCGGCAGCUCCUCGCAGAAGCAGGGUCUUCUCUUGGUGCUGGCUCGCGAAGAGAACGCA